AUGCGUCUAUCCCCAAAGGGUCAAGAGGAAAGUGACCAAGACCCUCACCGACCGGUUGUCCGAGUCGAGAAGCAUGUCACAACGCUCCCCAACGAGAGACAAUCACUCGGAGCCCGAGAUGUACCCACUACCGCCGCCGGGGCCGACCCUCCCGCCCCGCCCCGGCAUACAUCAACAUCCAACAGCGCCCCCUCAAACGUCUCCUCCCCUGCUCCUUCGAGCGUGGCGUGUGGGCAAGCGACAUCACCCUGGACGUCACUUGCCACACCGAGUGCUUCCCCUGAGAUCGACACAGCUGCCAUCUUGAAAGAUGCGGUUGAUCAGGUGCAACGACUGAGAUUGCAGACCAUCGCCGCUGCCACCAUCACUGAGAAUGUGCAUUUACCACCAGAAUUGUGCCGGAAAUGGAUUGAAAGCUACUUCACACAUAUGCAAACUGAGAUGUUCGUCAGCCUUGUGAACCUCAAGCUGAUCAAGUUAAUGCCCGACUUGAUUGAUCUCCCCCAUGUUCACUUGGAUCCGGCCAUACUUGUAGUUUACUACGGCAUUCUGUAUCACGGUUGCGGCCUCAGUGCGUCGUUUGAGGGGGAUUCCGAGGGGUUGCAUUACGCCCGCAUGCUGUACCUCUGCUGUCUGCGCUCGCUUCCGUUAUGGCAGCGUGAGGCAACAGGCACGACGACGGACUUCAUCGCCGCAAUCUUCAUGUGUCGCGCAGCUGCUGAGUGUUUCGACGAAGAGCUCAGCUGGCGGAUGUACACAUACGCCUGCGAUUACGCCCAGAAGCUCGACUUCCACAAUCUCGAUGCUCAUCCCCAUAGCAGCAGCGUCUUGUUGGACCAGGCAAAAUUGGACACUGACCGAAAGGGGUUUUGGGAGAUGAUACAGAUCGAUUACUUCUUCAGGCUCCUCUUCAACAAGCCGCCGUCAAUGACCUCGCAGAUCAACUCCUGGAAAGUUAACUUGCCUUGGUUAUCUGCUGAGAACACACCCGAUAUCAACGCCGUUUCAACCGUUGCCUUUCUUGCCAGCUCGAGACAGACUUUCGUUCUAUCCCAGUUCUAUCAGGAACUGGAGAACACCCACUGCGACGAGGAGGAGAUGCGUCCCAAGACUGAGGAACUGUGUCGCGAAAUCAAUCGCAUAUUCGAAGCGUGGGAUAUUGAGGGAUGGGUGCAAAGAACCAUGUCCAGCGAGAACAAGGCCGAAGCCUGGAUGAUGAGCGACGUGGCGCUGUCGGGCUACACUUACAUCAUCUUCAUGCUCCGGAAGCUCUCCGUGCUCCGCUCCAACUCCCCGCGCCCCGUCAUGUCCGACGCCGACGUCCCCGACUCUCCGCUGGCCGUCGACGCCUCCCGUCGCAUUUUGACCGUGGUGCACUUGACUCUAAUGAGCAACCCGUUCCCGGAAACCAUGUGCGUCCUCUUUGGCAUGUAUCGCCUCUACGUCGCAUACGCGUGUCUGAUGAACAGCGUGUUGCACGCACCCGACGUGCGUGCUCACGCCGAUGACGUCGCGCUGCUCGAGAGUGUGUGCGACGUCAUGGCUUUGGCGUCGAGAGGAGAGAGGGACUUUGUGCCGUUGAUAAGGGCAAUUCAGAGUCUGGGAGUCGAGGUCAAGAGGAGGUUUAAUGAGCCCGGGACCAACGCGCCGACGCCGAUGUUUGGUUUGGGUACAGGACUCUAG